CUUAGACGGUUACACCGGAAGUCGCAGUGGUGACAUUUCAGGACAGGCAGGAGAACGGGGAGAAUGGCGUGUGUGUGAGAUGUGUGUUUGAGGUGUUUGGGUUUAAAGUGAACAUGGCAGUGUGGAGUUGUAGACUCCUCAGACUCGGUGAUGUUCUGAUCAACACAGCGGCUGUAACUGUUCCCCGUACACGAGCACAAACAUCACCGGAAGGUGUUAGUGUCGUUAUUGGCUGCGUGAGGAGCUUGAAGACUUCUACAUGGUGGGACGAACACCUGACCGCAGAUAACAUGGAGUUCCUGAAGAGAGAAGUGACUGAGAACUUUAAGGAUCUGACUGAAGCCAGACUGAACCCUCUGAAGGAUGAAGCUUGGCCUCGACACGUGUGGGACGAACAGAGUCGGAGAGUCGGCUUGGUGGCUGUAAAGUUGGGGAUGAUGCCGGUGUGGACCAAGUCAGGAGACAGGCACGUAGUGACCAUGCUGCAGGUGCAGGACUGCCAUGUGAUUAAACACAUACCUAAAGAUGAGUAUAACGGCACGUCAGCUGCUCUGAUUGUUGGAGCGAAAAACGUCUCUCCCUUUCAUAGGUCCAGCGAGUACUUGGAGCAGUUCCACAAUGCCGGAGUUCCUCCCAAACAGAAGCUCACCACGUUCAGCGUGACGGAAAACGCUGUCAUCAAACCAGGCACUCCCCUGUAUGCUGCACACUUCCGCCCCGGACAGUACGUGGACCUCACUGCCAAAACAAUCGGAAAGGGCUUCCAGGGAGUGAUGAAGCGCUGGGGCUUUAAAGGUCAGCCUGCUACUCACGGCCAAACCAAAACCCACAGGAGACCAGGUGCUCUCGGACCAGGAGGGGAUCCUGCAAAAGUUUUUAAAGGGAAGAAGAUGCCGGGCAAAAUGGGCAACAUUUAUGACACAAGCUUUGGCCUGAAGGUUUGGAGGGUGAACACCAAACAUAACAUCUUGUACGUGAAUGGCUCAGUUCCUGGCCACCGAAACUGCUUGGUGAAGGUCCGAGACACCAUUCUCCCUCGACACGUGUUGAAGAACAGGAACCCUCCGUUCCCCACCUUCUUCACUGAUGACGAGGAGCUCCCCGAGGACCUGUACGCAGACGACUUGUUUCAGUUCGGGGAACCCACACUCGAGUGACGUCAUGAGGUCCAGGCCUCCACCACAAUCAUGUGUAUAGUGCUUCUGCUGUUGGACUGAGAGGAACGUGUGAACGAGUGUAACGCAGCGUUCGUGUAUCAGACAUUAAAAUCUCUUUCCUAAAA